GGAGAGGCUCUCUCAGGCUGCUGUUUUCUCUGUUAGUGUGAUUGGAGUGGUUAUUUCCCCAUAAACAGGUUCCUCAGAAGGCUUUGGUCAUGCCUCCCCUUAUUGGGCCCCUCGCCACUGUUUUGCUCCAGUUUGUCGUCUUCAUAUCUGUGACUGGUGGUGCGUACUACGGACACACGCAACACCCUCAGCCAUACCAGCCAAUGCACCACCUUCAGCACAUUAACAUGGGCAAGGGAGGUUUUCCUCAGCAACAGUAUCUUGGCAAAGAAGUGCCCUACAUGCAGUUUCCACACUACAGGAAGGAACUUCCUCAGAUGCCCCUACUCAAAGCCAAAGAAAAUCCUCGGAAAGGGGGAAACUACAAUGCUGGCAAAGACAAAGGUGUAACAAUUCCUAGCGCAGUAGAAGGAGCUGCCCUGGGAGAACAAGGCCCAGCUGGACCACCUGGACCAGAGGGACCUCCAGGACCUCCAGGACCUCCUGGGUCUCCAGGAGAUGGUCUGCCUGGUCCUGAAGGCCAACUGGGACCUCCAGGUCCACCAGGAAUGCCUGGAAUAGGGAAACUAGGCUUGCCUGGAAUGCCAGGAAAACCAGGUGUAAUUGGUGAGCCUGGGCCUCAGGGAAAAAUGGGACCGAGAGGUGAAGAAGGCCCCACUGGUCAACCAGGUCCUCGGGGACCCUCGGGCCCACCUGGACUUCCUGGAAUAGGUAAACCAGGGAUGCAGGGAUUACCAGGACAGCCAGGUGGCAAAGGAGAACCAGGUCACAAGGGCCUGCCAGGACUGCCUGGAUUACCGGGACCAAAAGGAGACAAAGGACUGGGCCUGCCAGGACAGCCUGGUCACAAAGGACUUCCUGGGCCUCCUGGACCGGCUGGCCCAAGAGGGCUGCCAGGUUUUGGAAAACCAGGGUUGAAUGGCUUGCCAGGUCCACAAGGGCCACCAGGACAUAAAGGACAUCCUGGAGAAUCUGGGAUUCCUGGGCCAGCUGGGAAAGGAGGACCACCUGGCCCACCAGGUCUACCUGGUCAAGGAAAGCCAGGUCAGAAUGGUCUGUCUGGAGAACCAGGAAGGACAGGUGAAAAAGGCCCUCCAGGACCACCAGGAUUGCCAGGAAAACCAGGACUUCCAGGAUUCGGCAAACAAGGACUUUCAGGACCAAAAGGUGAUAAAGGAAUGAAUGGACCACCUGGACCUCCAGGACUUAAAGGAGAUAAGGGCCAUGGUGGAUUACCUGGAAUGCUUGGACCUCCUGGACCAAGUGGUCCACCAGGUCCUCCAGGACCGAUUGGACAACCUGGAAGCGUAGGUGCACCUGGUGCUAAAGGAGAUUGUGGAGACGGAGGACCUAAAGGGCUGGAUGGGGCCAAAGGUGACAUUGGUCCUCCAGGGCUACCUGGUAAGACUGGUCUAAUUGGGGAAAUUGGGGAACCAGGUCCUAGAGGUCCACCUGGACCAAGUGGUCCUAAAGGUGCUGAUGGGUAUAAAGGUCUACCUGGUAUAGCUGGUCCCCCCGGAACUCCUGGUUUAAGAGGAAUGGCUGGAUUACCUGGGGAAAAGGGUAUUCAAGGACCUCAAGGAAUCCCUGGAGUAGAUGGUACAGCUGGACCAAUGGGAUCUCCAGGUCCCACAGGACCUAAAGGAGAAAAUGGACUUCCUGGUCCACCAGGCACUGCAGUCAUUGGGAGUCCAGGCCUGCCUGGUCCUGCAGGACCCCAAGGAAGAGAGGGACCAUCUGGACUCCCAGGACAGCCAGGUCAACCUGGUCCACCUGGACCACCAGGACCACCUGGUGAACCUGUUUUUUCUCCAGAAAUGGCUGGGGUUCUUUCUGAGAUGGGACCAGGACUAGAUGGUGUUAAAGCUGGAAGUUAUGGCAAAAAGAGCAAAUAUGGGGCUGAAGUAAUGGGUUCCAGUGGGCUUGAAAUGCCAGCAUUUACGGCUGUAGCAUCCACUCCCUUCCCACCUGUGGGGAGUCCAGUUGUUUUUGAUAAGCUGUUGUACAAUGGCCGCCAAAACUACAACCCUCAGACAGGAAUCUUCACCUGUGACAUCCCUGGCAUUUACUACUUUGCCUACCACAUUCAUUGCAAGGGAGAGAACGUGUGGGUGGCUUUGAUGAGAAACAAUGAGCCUGUAAUGUAUACAUACGACGAAUACAAGAAAGGUUCCUUAGACCAAGCCUCUGGAAGUGCAGUCCUACCUCUCCAACCUGGGGACACUGUGUAUAUUCAAAUGCCAUCAGAUCAAGCCUCAGGACUUUAUGCUGGACAGUAUGUGCAGUCAUCCUUUACUGGGUAUUUGCUCUAUCCAAUGUAA